AUGGGUAAAAGAGACAAGAAAACGGGAAAAGGAAGAUUGGAUAAGUAUUACCACUUGGCCAAAGAACAGGGUUAUCGAGCUCGUUCAGCUUUUAAACUUAUUCAAUUAAAUAAAAAAUAUAAUUUUUUGGAGAAAUCAAAAUGUUUAAUUGAUUUGUGUGCAGCUCCUGGCGGCUGGUUACAAGUUGCGAGCAAAUAUAUGCCAAUUUCAAGUUUAAUUAUUGGUAUCGAUCUUGUACCUAUUAAACCAAUUCCAAAGAUUAUCACUUUUCAGGAAGACAUUACCACAGAUAAAUGUCGGGCUAUUCUUCGAAACGAAUUAAAAACUUGGAAAGCUGAUGUAGUACUUCAUGACGGUGCUCCUAAUGUUGGUGUAUCUUGGAUCCAAGAUGCCUAUGCACAAUCUGAAUUGACUCUAAAAGCUUUAAAGUUGGCUGUGGAAUUUUUGAACAAAGGAGGCACUUUUGUGACUAAAGUGUUUAGAUCCAAAGACUAUAAUAAUUUAAUAUGGGUAUUUAAUCAACUAUUUAAAAAAGUAGAGGCUACAAAACCUGCUUCUUCAAGAAAUGUAUCGGCAGAAAUUUUUGUUGUCUGUCGCGAAUUUCUCGCCCCUAAAAAAAUCGAUCCGAAAUUCCUCGAUCCUCGCUCCGUUUUCCAAGAAGUAGAUAUCGGUCCUACAAAUAGAUCAGUAGAUAUAUUACACCCUGAAAAAAAGAAGCGACAGCGAGAAGGUUAUGAUGACGGAGACUAUACUUUAUUUAAAGAUGCAUCAGUUCUAGAUUUUAUUCAAUCGAACGAUCCAAUUAAACUUCUUAGUGAGGUCAAUAAGUUAAAUUUUGAUACUGAUGAAGCCAAGAAAAUAUUGAAUCAUGAAACGACUAUCGAAGAAAUUAAAUUGUGUUGUGAGGAUUUAAAAGUUUUAGGUAAAAGAGAAUUCAAAAAUCUAUUGAAAUGGCGGAAUUCUAUUAGAUCAUCGUUGCAAGAACAAGAUGGAAUAAAUGAAAAGUCAAGCGAGAAGGAAGAAAAAGAGGAAUCUUUUGAUGAAGACGAAAUCAUACAAGAAGAGCUCGAAAGAUUGACCAAGGAAGAACAAGCUCGUCAGAAGAAAAUUCGUCGAAAGGCCAAUGAAAAACGUCAAAAAAAUGUGACCCGUAUGCAAUUAAAAAUGAUUUCUCCUACAGAUAUAGCAUUAGAUCAAGUUGAUUUAAAUGGUAGUGAAUCAUUAUUUAAUUUAAAACAGAUCGAUAAAUCUGGGAUGUUAAAAACAUUUCGAAAGGGGGACAUGAAUAUUGUCAUUGAAAACGAGCAAGACGAUGAUGACAUUGUGAUUGAUGUUCAACAAAAACAAAGUGAUGAUACCGAAGAUAUGGAAUGCAUAGAUGAUGAAAAUAACUUGACUUAUUUAGAACAGGAAAUGGAAGAUUUGUAUGACCAAUAUAAAGAACAUAAGGCAGAACGUGAUGCGAAAUAUAGAGUUAAGAAAAUGCGUGAAGAAAACGAGGAAUGGAAUGCCAACCUUACUUCCGAUAAAGGCGAUGAUUGCGACAGUGUAACAUCGGACUAUGCAAUGCCUCGAAACACAAACACCUAUGAUUCGUCGUCAUCAAGUGAAGACGAUUCUGAAGAAGAAUCAUUUAAUAGUCAUAAAGUAAAGAAUAAAGCAAAGAAAAACAAAAAAUUAUUAACAGAUUUGAAUGAUGAUGAAGGCGAAGAAAAACCUCAAAGUCCAAGUGGUUUAAGCAAAAAAGCAACUUUGUUUUUUGAUCAGCCCUUAUUUAAAAAAGUGAUGGAGGAAUAUGAUGAAAAUAAAGAACACGAUCAAAACUCAAAAGCUGAAAAGAUUCAAAGUGAUGAAAAUAAAGAUCUGAAACUGUCUACAGAAGAAAUUAAAUUAGUUGAGAAUUCUCGAUCUGAACCCGAAAGAGAUGAGUCUCAAUUCAAUAAAAAUAAAUCAUUGAAACGUAAAGCUGAAGCGGUUGAGGAAGACGAUGAUUUAGAAAUAGUUCCAGUCGAUAAAGACAGUGAUGAGGAAUUGUGGGACGCUAAUAAAUCUGACGACGAUGAAAAAAAAAUGAAACGGACACAAGAAAUUGGGUUAAUUACCGCGGAAGCCGUAACUCUUGCACAACAAUUAGUAAAUCGACAAAAAACCAAGGAAGACUUGAUUGAUGAAGGUUUUAAACGACACACUUUUAAUGAUAGAGAAGGGUUACCAUCUUGGUUCUUAGAUGAUGAAAUGAAGCAUAAUAAAGUUAAUUUGCCGAUAACAAAAGAAGCCGUGGAAAUAAUUCGUCAAAGGAUGAAAGCAUUAAAUGCUCGACCCAUUAAAAAGAUUGCCGAAGCCAAAGCUAGAAAAAAGAUGAGGGCCAUAAAAAGACUCGCUAAACUUCAAAAUAAAACUGAUGUCAUCGUUGAUACUCCCAGUAUGACUGAAAAAGAAAAGGCUCAAACAAUUUCAAAAAUGAUUGCUAAGACGCAAAAGAAGGUUAAGAAGGAAGUUAAAGUAGUUGUUGCUAAGGGUGGAGCCAAGGGUAUGAAAGGUCGACCUAAAGGUGUAAAAGGAAGAUAUAAGAUGGUAGACUCGAGAAUGAAAAAGGAAGUUAGAGCAAUAAAAAGACAAGGAAAGUCAAAAAAAAGACAAAAACGUUAA